AUGAACUGUUUCCAAGGUGUCUAUUGGCUUAAACUUCAAAGAAGAGAAGGAGCGAGCAGCUCGUUAGGUCUCCAGAAAAGAAAGAUCCACAAUACUUGUGGACUGGAGCAUUCACUAAAAUCUAUUCGAAUAUAAGACGACCAGAUUUUGACGGAAGGGAAUUGGAACUUCUUUAGGAGCGAAGAGAUUUGAGAGACCUCUGUUGCAAGAUGACGAGCGAUGACGUCAUUAGAAACCCUUAGUAAAAGCGAAGCGUCGCCUCGCUUUGAAGAAACAUCGACUGCAGCGAUUGCGUUCCGUCGGAGAAUUAGAACGGAGUAGGGAGGUACGGACAACAACUACUCUGCAAAACGGCUAAAGGCCCUGAAGGGGCGCAUUUCGGCACAGGAACAUUGCUCGUAGGAAGCAUUGCAAAAUUUUACCUCGCUACUAAAUUAAGAUAUUUUUUUCUUCAAAUUAAUAAUUGUUA